UAGAGUAUAACCUCAUCUUUAACUUUUCCAAUUUCCAAUAUCCACUGAUAUAUCCAAUUAAAGAUCAAUUCCUCUUCUCCAAAAACACUGGUGUAAUCAUGGCUUCUGCUUUGUUCUCUGCACCAACAUUCCAAGGUCUUAGACCCCUCAACAAACCAACUGACACUUGUCUUUUUCUCAACAAUAAGGUCAUCACUUCCUACAAACCAAUGAAGAAAAGAUGCAAUCUUGGUGUGAAAUCUGAGCUCAACACAUCACUUGUUAUUAGCUUGAGCACAGGACUAUCACUUUUCUUGGGAAGAUUUGUUUUCUUCAAAUUUCAGAGAGAGAAUGUGGCCAAACAAGGAUUGCCUGAGCAAAAUGGAGUUAGCCAUUUUGAAGCUGGUGAUUCCAGAGCCAAAGAAUAUGUUAGUUUGCUAAAAUCUAAUGAUCCUGUUGGUUUCAACAUUGUUGAUGUUCUUGCUUGGGGCUCAAUUGGUCAUAUUGUUGCUUACUAUAUUCUUGCCACUUCUAGUAAUGGAUAUGAUCCUAAGUUCUUUGGUUGAAAGAGAAAAGAGUCUUCUUGUUGAUUUGUACUCUUCCAUUGACAUGUCUUUGUUUGUAAUGCAGUAACUUAAGUUGCAUAAUCUCAUAUAUAAAUGUUGCUUUAUUUGAUAA